GGCGGGCGACACUUGGACGGGGGCGGACGCUGACCUAACCUUGUAAACAAGGGCAACCGGGUUGGGUGGGAGCCACCCUUUGUGGGCGGGGCCGGACACACCCACCUAUCUACCGCUCCUUUCUAAGGUCUCUUAACUCAGGGUCAGAGGUCACCACCUGAUACCCCGAGGAGGGGGGAGGCUGCACGAAGGAAGACAGGGGGAAAGAGAGGAAAUGCAAGCCGGGGAUUUGUCCGCUUCUAACACUUAGCCCAGGGUGAGGGGCGUGGUUUCACUUAUGGCCCCGCCCCGCGAGAGGAGGGGGUCUCGAGGUGGUAAAUAAAGGCCGCACGUGCAGGGCGCGCUCCAGACAGUUCGAAUCCGGAGCCAGAACACAGCACAGCGGGGGGGCCCCAGCCAGAGACGCCGCAGACUGUUCUGCUCCUUUCACCAACAGCGCGAUCAUGAAAGCCGCUCGGGUGGCCCUGCGGAAUGCGGCUCCCUUGGCCGCCGCCACCACCACUGGCGGAGGAAGAGGAGGAGGAGGAGGUGGCGCCCGGGUGACCCGGGAGGUAGAGCAUUUUGCUCGAUACUCUCCAUCGCCCCUCUCCAUCAAGCAGUUCCUGGAUUUCGGGUCAACAAAUGCAUGUGAAAGAACCUCUUUUUCAUUUCUUCGGCAUGAACUUCCUGUGCGGCUAGCAAAUAUUCUGAAAGAAAUUGAACUGCUCCCUGGUCCACUGUUGAGCACUCCUUCGGUACAGCUGCUAAGAAGCUGGUAUGUCCAAAGCUUAAUGGAGCUAGUGGACUUCCAUGAGAAAAAGCUAGAUGACCACAAAGUUCUCUCUGAUUUUAUAGAUGCAAUUGUUAAAGUCCGAAACAGGCAUCAUGAUGUUGUACCCACAAUGGCACGAGGGGUUCUACAAUACAGAGACUCUUCAAAAAUGGAUCCAUUCACCAAUCAGAGUAUUCAGUACUUCUUGGAUCGAUUUUACAUGAACCGAAUAUCCAUCCGGAUGCUAAUAAACCAGCACACACUCAUUUUUGAUGAUAACAAUGUGGGUAACCCUCGGCACAUUGGGUGCAUUGACCCUUGCUGUGAUGUUGUGGAUCUGGUGCAUGAUGCUUUCCAAAGUGCCCAAAUGCUUUGUGACCAGUAUUAUUUUGCUUCUCCAGAAUUAAAGCUUACACAAGUUAAUGGAAAGGCAGCUGGACAGCCUAUUCACAUAGUAUAUGUUCCUUCCCACCUCUUUCACAUGCUGUUUGAACUCUUCAAGAAUGCCAUGAGAGCAACUGUUGAAUAUCAAGAAAAGAAACCUUCUCUUGAUCCAGUUGAGGUGACCAUUGUACUUGGAAAGGAAGACUUGACCAUUAAGAUAUCUGACAGAGGGGGUGGUGUUCCAGUGAGGAAAAUAGAAAGUCUCUUCAGCUACACGUAUUCUACAGCACCAAAGCCAGUGAUGGACAACAAUUCUACUCCUCUGGCUGGUUUUGGUUAUGGCUUACCAAUUUCUCGUCUGUAUGCCAAAUACUUUCAUGGAGACCUCCAUCUGUGUUCCAUCUCUGGUUUGGGGACAGAUGCAAUUAUCUACUUAAAGGCCCUUUCCACAGACUCCAUCGAGAAACUUCCUGUUUUCAACAAGUCUGCUUGUAAGCAUUAUCAAACACCUAUAGAAGCUGAUGACUGGUGUGUUCCAAGUAAAGAACCAAGAAAUUUGUCAAGACAGAGUGCAGCUGCAUGAAAUAUGUGUUUGUCAGGACACUGAAAGGGGAUCAAACCAAUGUUUCAGCAAGGACUAAUGAAACAAAAUAGCUUGAUGCCACUCUUGUUCUAGACCAGGAGAUAUGCAAGAGGGGGGAAAUGAUCACAUGGAACAGGAGACUGCAGCAUGAACAUGUACUGUACUUGUAUUGUUGCAUUUUUCAUGAAGAUUGAUAUGUCAGGAGAAUCAAAAUACAUAGGACAGCGUGCAUGUUUUCUGUCUGCUGACAUGAAGGAUGUAUGAAAUGUAAAUGAACACUCCAAAGUACUAAUGUUUUCAGACUUGAUGUGGUAAAAAGCUGCAUGUCACAGUUGAACUCCAGCACAAAAUACUAACUUUUUCCUUAGUCCAGUUACUAGAUAUUUCUUUCAAAAGUAUGACUUUAGGUAUAUGUGCACUUUAUUGACUAUAUUUGACAUAUCGGCAACAUAUGGAGAAUCUAAUUGGAAGGGUAGUGGCAGUGUGCUGCCUUGGCUGCAGUUCCAUAGUUUCUGGCUUGCCGGGAAGCAGACCGUAAGAAGUCCAGAAAAAUUCAGAAAGUUCCACUUUUCUCUUUUUAACUCCAAGUGGUAAAUGUUUCUUGAAUCCCCCACCCCCAAACAGCUAUAUAGUAUAUUUCUAUUGCUCUUCUGAAUGCUGAGGUUUUGCUAUUCAUGGAUAAGGGUCUCAAGGUGACGUCAAGAUAGUGAAGGGUCUGUAUUAUGAAGACCAGCCAUAGCUUGGUAGAUGACCUGUGGGUACGAAGGGCAAAGUGGCAGCAGUACAAGUAGACGGGGGACUUCCAAGAGACUGAAAAUGCAAGCCAUUUCAUCCUACCCAGUUGGCUUGCUUUACCCCAAAAGGCAUUUGUGAACAUCUGAGAUAUAGAUCUUCUCUAACAGUGCUGUCGCUGUGUGUGCAAUGUUUGGGGGAAGUAGGAUUGUGUUUCUCUGAAGAGUUGCCUGCCAUCUUCUGACUUAUAAACUGUGGUUUCAAAAGCCUUAAACAUUAAGAUCACUCUUAAGACAUCUUCCAGGGAUGUGAUGUUAAACAGAUUAUGGUAGAAUAUCGUACCUGAAUUUUAAAACGGCUUUGAAAUGCAGAAAUCCAGAGUCUUCAGAGUGGGCGGUAUAUUAAAUAUCUCAAAUAAACAUGAGAAAUACUCGUUCUCUAUACAGCAGCAUAGAGUGAGGAUGACAGAGUUUACUUGAUGAAGUGUUUAUUGGGAGAAUAUUCCAUUCCAAAUCAACACUCCUGACAGGGAGUUUGAUAAGGACCCAGAUGGUGACAAUGUAGGUCAGUCAGUCUGUCUCUUUUUUGAAAAAGACAAUAAUAUGCUAAAUUGCUAAUCCUAGUUUAUUUUAAAAGGAUCAUUAUCUGCAAGGGUUUUGUGUCCACUUUCAGUUGUGGCAGCUUCGUUGCUGUCACUUGGCUGAUGUCCACUUUUACUGUGGACAUUGGGUUCAACUGAAUAGGUAAUCCCAGCCAUGUGAGGUUAUUGUAUGUGUGUGGUUGGUACGGUGUACCAACAAAGGGCUUAACUGCUAACAUUGCUGGAGUAUUGGAUGCUUAGUUCCAUUGUAAACGUAGUUCAAAUUUGGAUGUUCUGCUGGUUUUUGUGUGUUUUUAUAAAGUGCCGGUUUUCUUCUCUGAUGAGGAGAAAACAGGUACAUUGUUGCUGUGCCAUAUGCAAGUACAUAUUUGGGUUGCCAGCUAUGCAGCAGAAUUAAAGUGGGGAGGUCUUAAUGCACUGCAUGAAUACUUAAGAUAAUAUUGUGGUGGUAUCUCAAUAGCAGCAUUAGAUGACAAGAUGAAUGUUUGACACCCAAAUCAACCUUGUUGAAUCUGAAGUGCAUUUUUUUUCUUCACUCAGUGUAUUGGAGUAAGUUUGGAUAGCUGAUAGAUCAUGUGCACUUUGCUGCUGUAUGUACAGCACAUAAAAUCGGUUAAAUAGAAUUGUUUUGUUAACGUUUUAUAACCUGAGCUGUCAAUCUAUGUACUGUUUCUGAAAAACAACCAAAGGUGCCAUUGUUCUUUCCUGUCAGUCAAAAACUGUUCAUAUUUUCAAGUAAAAGGAGCAUUGGAAAUCUCUUUAAAGCAUAUCUGCUGAAUUAUAGGGUUAGAACCAUGUCACAGGCUAACUAUGCAAAUUGUUCAGCAACAUAUGCUUUUGGUACUGCUUUUGCACUCUGCCCUCAGUGUCAAAGUUGUCCAUACACUGUUUAAGGAAAAGCAUAGAUUUUAAUUCUUGAAUACAGAAUUGUUUCUGCUACAGUGUCCCUUUUUAGUUCAGGUGUAUUUCAGAGGUACUGUACAUUUUAAAAAAAUAAAAUCUUUUUUAAAAUGGC